CGUAAAGGCGGGGUUUCGGCCGUAUGCGUCAUGACGUAGCUGGCGGGAGUUGUGUCCUUGUUUUCAACGCAGCGCGGGAGAUCGAGCAGAAGAGGAAGGAGCCGGAGCUGAAGAUAAAGUCAAAGUCUGUGGAGGUUUGUCAACAUGCCGUGUGAGAGGAAGCCGAUGCGCUACGACCACUCGGAGGGACACACCGAGGUCUGCUACGACGACUCCGGGAGGUUCAUUGUGACCUGCGGGAACGACGGCGAUGUUCGGAUAUGGGAGAGUCUGGAUGACGACGACCCGAAGUUCAUCACGGUCGGGGAGAAGGCGUUCUCCCUGGCGCUGAAGAACGGCAAGCUGGUGACGGCGAGCUCCAACAACACAGUGCAGAUCCACACGUUUCCCGACGGAGACCCGGACGGCAUCCUGACCCGGUUCACUACCAACGCCACGCACGUCACCUUCAACAGCAGCGGAUCCAGGGUGGCUGCUGGAUCCAGUGACUUCAUGGUGAAGGUGGUGGAGGUGUCGGACAGCAGCCAACAGAAAACACUCCGGGGCCACGAAGCGCCGGUCCUCAGCGUGACCUUCGACCCCAAAGAUGACUUCUUGGCGUCUGCCAGCUGUGACGGCUCCGUCGUGGUGUGGAACGUGGACGAGCAGACUCAGGUGAUCAGCUGGCCUCUGCUGCAGAAGACCAACGACGUCAGCAACGCAAAGUCUCUGUGUCGGCUGGCCUGGCAGCCCAAGACGGGAAAGUUUUUAGCGGUUCCCGUAGAGACAAAGGUUCACCUGUACGAGCGAGGGACCUGGGAUCACGUGAGCACUCUGUCUGAUGAUCUGCUGACACAGCCCAUCAACGUGGUGGCCUGGUCUCCGUGUGGGCGCUUCCUGGCAGCCGGCAGCGUGGGAGGAGCGCUGAACGUUUGGGACGCGAGCAGCAAGCUGUGUGUGGAAAGACAGAAGCACGAGAAAGGCUUCACGGUGUGCGGUCUGGCCUGGCAUCCGUCAGGCAGCCAGAUCGCCUACACGGACACGGAGGGCUGCCUGGGCCUUCUGGACGGACUCAGCACCUCCACCUCCACCACCUCCACCUCCACCACCAAGCAGGUGGCAGAAAAGAAGCCGGCGAACGACUUUGACGACCUGUUCGAUGAUGACGAUGAUCGACUCAUGGACGAAGGACUCAGCGACACCAACUCACCGGCUAAGAAACCCGCCGCCGUGGACGACGAUGACGACGACGACUUCCUCGUGCCGGCGACGGGGCGCGUGAGGAACCGAGCAAUCCUGGAUGACGAGAACUCGCUCGACACCGGCUCGCUGAAGCUCGGGCGGGACAAAUUCGGGGAGGAUGACGAUGACGCGGGCAGCGCCGUCAUGCCUGCAGCCGCCGCCCCGCUGGUGCCCUUACGCCCCGUCUAUGACGGACCGAUGCCGACGCCUCCCCAGAAGGCCUUUCAGCCGGGCUCCACGCCGGCACACCUCACGCACCGCUUCAUGAUGUGGAACUCUGUGGGAAUCGUGCGAGGCUACAACGACGAGCAGGACAACGCCAUCGACGUGGAGUUCCACGACACGGCCGUGCACCACGCCAUGCACCUCACCAACUCUCUGGGUCACACCAUGGCUGAUCUUUCCCAGGAGGCCGUGCUGCUGGCCUGCCCCAGCACGGACGAGCUCGCCAGUAAGCUGCAGUGCCUCCACUUCUCGUCCUGGGACACCAACAAGGAGUGGAUGGUGGACCUCCCGAAGGACGAGGACGCCAGGGCGCUGUGUCUGGGUCAGGGCUGGGCGGCGGUCGCCACCAGCGCGCUGAUGCUCCGACUCUUCUCCAUCGGUGGAGUCCAGAGGGAAAUCUUCAGCCUGCCGGGUCCCGUCGUGUGCAUGGUCGGACACGGAGAGCAGCUGCUCAUCGUCUACCAUCGAGCGACGGGUUUCGACGGCGAGCAGGCGCUCGGCGUUCAGCUGCUGCAGUUCGGUCGAAGGAAGAGGCAGCUCAUCAACGGCGAGCCGCUCCCGCUGUCUCGCAGAUCCUACCUGUCCUGGCUCGGAUUCACCGCCGAGGGCACUCCGUGCUACGUGGACUCGGAGGGUGUGAUCCGCAUGCUGAACCGCUCCCUGGGCAACACGUGGACGCCGGUGUGUAACACGAGAGAGACCUGCAAGAGUAAAUCAGAUCACUACUGGGUGGUCGGCGUACACGAGAACCCUCAGCAGCUCAGGUGUAUUCCCUGUAAAGGCUCCAGGUAUCCUCCCACCCUGCCCAGACCUGCUGUGGCCAUCCUGCCCUUCAAGCUGCCUCUGUGUCAGACCGCCACAGAGAAAGGACAGAUGGAGGAGCAGUUCUGCCGCUCGGUCCUCUUCCACAACCACUACAGCUUCCUGUCGUCCAGCGGCUACGAGAUCAACGAGGACGGGCGGAGUCAGUCGCAGAAGGAGCAGCAGGAGCUGCUGAUGAAGAUGUUUGCACUGUCCUGUAAGCUGGAGAGAGAGUUUCGCUGCGUGGAGCUGGCCGAGCUCAUGACUCAGAACGUGGUGACUCUGGCCAUCCGAUACGCGUCCCGGUCCAGGCGCAUGGCGCUCGCCCAGCGCCUCAGCGAGAUCGCUCUGGAGAAAGCCAACCAGAUGCAGGAAGAGGAGGAGGAGGAGGAGGAAGAGGAGCCGGAGUACUCCAGACGGACAUCUGGGUACGGCCAGAGUGGACGUCACGGCAACCGGCGAAAUCAGGAGGAGGAAGAGGAGCAAGGAGAGGAACUCAGGGAGGAAGAGGACGGAGGACAGGAGAUGGAGACGGAGGAACCGGCAGAAACCAGAAGACGUGUCAAUCCGUUUGCUAAAGAGGCGGGUUCACCUGUGACGCCGUCUGUGACGCCGACUGCUAAAGUCGGGCGUGCGAAUCCUUUCAAGGUGCUGGGCUCGGGGAAACCCUCGUCUUCGUCCGGUCAGCCCCGAGUGACGAACAUCCUGGACAACAUGACGUCCAGCAGGAAGUCCAGUCCGCUCAGCGGAGCUGCAGGGAAACAAAGCAAAGGCCCCGUCCUCAAACCGCUGGCUCCCAGGCCCAAGACCAAGACUCAGUCCACUCUGCUGCAGAUGACCGGCACUAAGGCGUCCAAUAAGAAGACUCCAGAGAACGCCGAGCCGGCUGCAGAUCGGCAGAAGCAACCAGACGUCCCGCCUCCGAGCGCGCCCGCAGAGAACACGGAGAAUAAGAGGCCGAAGACGGGCUUCCAGCUGUGGCUGGACGAGAACAGGAAGAACAUCACGGCUGAUCACCCCGACCUGGAGGAGACGGACGUCAUCAAAGAGGCCAUGGGACGCUUCAGGACGCUGUCAGCGGACGAGCGGCUGUCGUGGACGGAAAGAGCCAAAGGGCAAACCGGAGACGAUGCCACGGAUCUGAAGAAGAGGAAAAGAGGAGGAGCAGGAGGAGGAGGAGGAGGAGGAGAGGAGGAAGACGGACGGACAGACGCUGAUGAAAACAGUGCCAAGAAGAAGAAAUCUUUGGAUCCUUCCUCGAAGCUUUCUGCGUUUGCGUUUAACAAAAGCUGAAAUGUUUUAAAUGUUUUCAUGUCGUCGGUCUGUUUCUGUUUUUUUACAUUUGUAACAUGUAAAAAAAAAAAACUUCACUGUAUUUUAUCAAUAAAUAAAUAAA